CUCCGGCCGCCUCUGCCGCCGAGAGUAGGAAGCGCGAGCGCCGGGCGCCGGGCUGUCAGUGAGCGUGGGGCCAGCGAGCGAGCGAGCGAGCGAGCGAGCGGCUCCGGCUCCCGCUCCGGCCCGGCUCUCCCCGCCUCCUCCGCCGCGCCUCCUCGCAGCGCCCCCGGCCCGCGUCCCCGCCGCCCCUCCCCCGCUCGCCCCCGCCCACCCGGCCCUCCCCGGCUGCUGCUCCCCGGCGGAGGCAAGAGGUGGUUGGGGGGACCAUGGCUGACGUUUUCCCGGCCAACGACUCCACGGCGUCUCAGGACGUGGCCAACCGCUUCGCCCGCAAAGGGGCGCUGAGACAGAAGAACGUGCACGAAGUGAAGGACCACAAAUUCAUCGCCCGCUUCUUCAAGCAGCCCACCUUCUGCAGCCACUGCACCGACUUCAUCUGGGGUUUUGGGAAACAAGGCUUCCAGUGCCAAGUUUGCUGCUUUGUGGUUCAUAAGAGGUGCCAUGAAUUUGUUACUUUUUCUUGUCCGGGUGCGGACAAGGGACCUGACACUGAUGACCCCAGGAGCAAGCACAAGUUUAAAAUCCACACGUAUGGAAGCCCCACCUUCUGUGAUCACUGUGGGUCCUUGCUGUACGGACUUAUCCAUCAAGGGAUGAAAUGUGACACCUGUGAUAUGAACGUGCACAAGCAAUGUGUGAUAAACGUCCCCAGCCUCUGCGGGAUGGACCACACAGAGAAGAGAGGGCGGAUCUACCUGAAGGCUGAGGUCACCGAUGAAAAGCUCCGUGUCAUAGUACGAGAUGCAAAAAAUCUAAUUCCUAUGGAUCCAAAUGGGCUUUCAGAUCCUUACGUGAAGCUGAAACUUAUUCCUGAUCCCAAGAAUGAAAGCAAACAGAAAACCAAAACCAUCCGCUCCACGCUAAACCCCCAGUGGAAUGAGUCCUUUACCUUCAAAUUAAAACCUUCAGAUAAAGACAGACGACUGUCCGUAGAAAUCUGGGACUGGGAUCGAACAACAAGGAAUGACUUCAUGGGAUCCCUUUCCUUUGGAGUUUCGGAGCUGAUGAAGAUGCCAGCCAGUGGAUGGUACAAGUUGCUCAACCAGGAAGAAGGUGAGUACUACAAUGUACCCAUUCCAGAAGGGGAUGAAGAAGGAAACAUGGAGCUCAGGCAGAAAUUCGAGAAAGCCAAGCUUGGCCCUGCUGGUAACAAAGUAAUCAGUCCUUCAGAAGACAGGAGACAGCCUUCCAACAACCUUGACAGAGUGAAACUCACCGACUUCAACUUCCUCAUGGUGCUGGGGAAGGGCAGUUUUGGGAAGGUGAUGCUCGCUGACAGGAAGGGAACAGAAGAGCUGUAUGCUAUCAAAAUCCUGAAGAAGGACGUGGUGAUUCAAGAUGACGACGUAGAGUGCACCAUGGUGGAAAAGCGAGUCCUGGCCCUGCUUGACAAGCCCCCGUUCCUGACGCAGUUACACUCCUGCUUCCAGACGGUGGAUCGACUGUACUUCGUCAUGGAAUACGUCAAUGGCGGAGACCUCAUGUACCACAUUCAGCAAGUAGGAAAAUUUAAGGAACCACAAGCAGUAUUCUAUGCGGCCGAGAUUUCCAUUGGAUUGUUCUUUCUUCAUAAAAGAGGAAUCAUUUAUAGGGAUCUGAAGUUAGAUAAUGUCAUGCUGGAUUCGGAAGGACACAUCAAGAUUGCUGACUUUGGGAUGUGCAAGGAACACAUGAUGGAUGGAGUCACGACCAGGACCUUCUGUGGGACUCCAGAUUACAUUGCCCCGGAGAUAAUCGCUUAUCAGCCAUAUGGGAAAUCCGUGGACUGGUGGGCCUAUGGCGUCCUAUUGUAUGAAAUGCUGGCCGGGCAGCCCCCAUUUGAUGGCGAAGAUGAAGAUGAACUGUUUCAGUCCAUAAUGGAGCACAACGUUUCUUAUCCCAAAUCAUUGUCCAAGGAGGCUGUUUCCAUCUGCAAAGGACUGAUGACCAAACACCCCGGCAAGCGUCUGGGCUGUGGGCCCGAGGGCGAGAGGGACGUGCGAGAACACGCCUUCUUCCGGAGGAUCGACUGGGAGAAACUGGAGAACAGGGAGAUCCAGCCACCAUUCAAGCCCAAAGUGUGUGGCAAAGGAGCAGAAAACUUCGACAAGUUCUUCACACGAGGGCAGCCCGUGUUAACGCCACCUGACCAGCUGGUCAUUGCUAACAUAGAUCAGUCUGAUUUUGAAGGGUUCUCGUAUGUCAACCCCCAGUUUUUGCACCCCAUCUUACAGAGCGCAGUAUGAAACUCAACAAGGAGAACAAACGCCUCCCCAUCCCCCAGCGCCCCUGUCCCCAGCCAUGGGAAAUGAUCCUUAACCCUAAAAUUUUAAGGCCACGGCCUUGUUUCUUGUUCCAGAUGGAGGCCUGAAAAUUGUAGGGUUAUUAGUCCAAAUGUGAUCAGCUGUUCAGGGUCUCUGUCUUACAACCAAGAACAUUAUCUUAGUGGAAGAUGAUAUAAUGUAUAGUGUCCAGUUAAAUGAUGUAGAGUCACAUCUGGCUGUAGGUUAACCCUUCCUCAAAAGCAGACAGACUUUUGCCCACUUUUUUGGUACGAUUUGAUAUAUUUUCCAUACCCUCUGUCGAUUUUCACCAUUGAGAUCCCUCAACCAGAAUGAUAAAGUGAACCUGCCCCAGUUCUGUGGGCUGGAGACAUCUCCCCCCCAAGACGUCUUUGGAAUGAAAGAACAGGGAGCCCAGAGAGUGAGCAAGGCGGGAUUGGGGGUGCGGGAGGCCCCUGCUUCUGUUCUCUGCCUUGGUGGAAACAGUCCCUAGAAUCCGAGAGGCCGGGAUGAAUCUAGUCCCACUGGCAAGUCAUUUGCAAGCUCACUGUUCCCAGACGUUGACAGUCGUAACACAAUCAUGGUCCAGCUGUUACCAGUUUAAAAAAAGAGAGAAAGAAAACCUCAGAUGAGUGUUCCGUGAAUCUGUCAUCUUGUACCCUACUUGGUUGAUAACUAUCUUGAUACUUGCAUUUCUUUUUAAGAGGCCAAAUCUUCUAAGGACUUUGCUAAACGAGCAUGUGAAAUCAUUUCAGAUCAAGGAAAAAACGGUGUGUAUGUGUGUUCAUUUUAAUCUCUGGGAGAUUAUUCUGCGAUCCAGGGUGCCAUCAGCGAUCAUGCCACUACUCACAAAUGUCAUUAGCCAACCCCUCCACACACCAAUAUUUUGCUACCUACUUCCUGAGAAGCUGAAGUGUACACCCGUCCCCUUUUGUACUUAUUUAUUUAACAGGCUGCAGUGUCAUUUAUGAGAGUACGAUGUACAGUAACUUAAGUGUUGACUCGAGCGUCUGUCCCUGUUGAGUGAUUUCCCUCCCAUCCCCAGCCCUUGUCAUCCAGUUAGGGAUGAAAACCAAUACGGUCUUAGUUCCCAUUUCCGGUUCAUUUCGAAUGACACACCUGGAGCUGUAGAAUCAGGAAACCUGGAUAACAUAUCAGCUCAAAGAUGUUUUAUUGCUAGAAGGAUUUUAAUAUGUUUUGCAAAUGCAUCAUGCAAUGAAUUUUGCAUGUUUAUAAUAAAUCUUAAUAACAAGUGAAUCUAUAUUAUUGAUGUAUCAAGUAUAGAGUAUAAUAAUUUUAUAAGACACAAUUGUGCUAUAUUUGUGAAAGCUCUUAUUUCUAACCUGCUUUUUCUGAUUAAGUUUUAGCUUAAUUCUUUGCUGCCGUGCUUCUUCUUCCCACACCCCACGCAUACCCUGCAUAUUGACACUGUAUCAGAUAUAUUAAUUUUUUAUCAUAGACCCAAUUUCAAAAAUGAAUGGUUACUUUACGUGAUCCAUUAGGCUUAUAUAUAUGUAUAUAAAUAUUUGAUUCCACCUGGAAACAAAAGUUUUGUUUUGGGGGAUUAUUUUCGAGAUGAGACUGUGUCUUAGCUUCUUAACACCAUCUUCUGUUCUGGUUCCUACACCACUCUUCCUCUUGGGGACCGCGAGAAGUGUCUGACUCCAGGAUGCCUGGUAUGUUUGUGCAGCUGUGGUGUCAUCACAGCCCCUGGGCUGGAAUUUGUUUUGUUCUUCCUUUCAGCCUUGUUGCUAUUAGUGGCUCGGGGUGGGAGGGACAGGAAGACGCCCUUACUGAUGUGUGUGCAUGGACACACCAGAAGCACACUGCCCGUCUUGCUGCCCCUGGACACCCCGCUGUUUGCUCCAGUGUGUACAGACUUCAUGAGAUGAACGGUCCGCAUCUCCUGGAACCACCGGCAGACUCCAGAGGCGGCACAUUUUCUUCCAGCCUUGACACAACUGGCCUUUCCAGUCUCGUGAGGAGCACUUCUGUGGGAUACCAUCCCACUGCAAGGUCCUCAGAGGAGCCAGACUUCUACAACAGAAGGAAAAUUCCCAAUGGAAGUAGCUAUCCGUCCUUACAGAGGACUGCUCUAUUCCCCCUGUUCCCCAAACGUGUCUCCCAGCUCAGCGCCUCCUCGUGUUUGCUCUCUGGCUGUCUGCCUGAAAUUCAUGUAGUGCACAGCCACGAAGAGUGUUUGAGGGGAGAGGCAUAGGCUGUCCCAGACGCCGUCGACUGGAGGAAGAGAGAGAGUGGCGAGUGGGUCAGGCUUCUCCAUCUUUUAUGGACUGUAGCCUUGCAGACUCAGAAGGGGCCCUAGUACAUGCGGAGCUGCGGUCCUGCUGGUCAGCGCACGUUUGGGCAACACUGCCUCCCCGGCGCACUUCAUUUGGUGUGACGGAAAAGGAACCAGUCUAUAGAAAGAGCCAGAGAGGCAAAAGGGCCAGUAACCCACCCUGCCCUAGAAUGGAGCUCCAGCAGGACUGCUUCGCAGCCAAGCCCCUGGAGGUGAAGAAAGUUCCAGAAAGGAACACAUGGGGUUGUGGACUGUUUGUUCCCGAGCCUCAUGCUGCCUGCUUGUGUUGAGCAAGCAGCAGGCUCAGGCUCUCCCUCAAAAAGCCAACACAUUUCCAAAUUAUUCAUAUUUCUCUAGGAAGCAUUCAACUUUUCAGCCAGCUUGUAUGCUUUCAGAAUAUGUGGCAAGGUUUUAAAAGAAAAUACUCUGACAGUGGAGCCCAGCACUCUGCCUCAGGCUCGAGGACAAACUUGGGGGGAAACAGUGAAGAUCAGGGCCUGGUGAGGUGUUACUGUAAUGUAGCCUGGUUUAUACGUUGCUCUGCACUGAAUUUAGAUGAAGGCUAAUGCUUUAAAGAGCUGAGCAGCCCAAGACAGUUAUUUCUGAAAAUAAAUCACGUGGGUAACCGUUAACAACUGUUAGCCGCAGGAUCGAUUUAUACAAUUCUCUGGCAUUGUCCCACUUCCUGGGCCUUGUGUAAAAUAGAACAGCGGGGAGGGGGCUGCCGUUCUAACUGCAGCAGCCCUGUUGGAGGCUGGAAGGAGGAGGACGCCUUGAAGGAUCAGGUCACUGGGGGGCACUCUAGGAAGUACCAGCCCCCGAGCACUGCCCCUAUCGCCAGGGCCUGUGGAGGUCUAGGCUGCCCGGCAGAAUCAAGCGCAAUCUGAUUCUCCACCAGACUCAUUGGUCCGUGACUCCAAAAGGCCAUUCAGAUUGGCUGGCAUUAUUUUCCCGUAGAAGGUGGCCACUGCUCAGUGGCAGAAGCUCGGUCUGAGGCUGCAGGCUGGCAGGCUGGCAGCCCUUCUCUUGGCAUCUUAUCUAAAGCCACUAGGUGCUUGGUUUGAAGGGAAGUAACUGGACUGUGCUGCCAAGUGCAACCCUCAGAGGUUAAUGGGAGGUUCACACAAGGCAAGAACUAAUUCAGAGGUCAGUACGAAACCCCAGGAACCGAAAUGAUUGCUCUUCAACACAUCUACUUCCCUUUCAUCCCCAUGACCUGGUACAAGUUAAAGCAGAAUCAGUCUGCCUUGGCUUAUGAGAUAUAUUAGGCUUUCUUAUUGGGAAUUUUGGUAGAAAAUCAGAGGGUUGAGAGCUCUGUGGAAACUUGACCUGAGACAGUCAUUGCAAGAUUAUUAAUGCAAGCCAGAAAACGAUUAGUGAGCAAGCACCUCUCUGAGCUCCCGUUCUUAGCAGGGCGUGGUGUCUUGCUGGAAUGAGGGUCUAGACCCCGAGAGAACCACUUGUUGAUGUUCUGAGAAGGGAGAGGUCAGUGGAGGCUGAAGUCAGCAAGGAGUUUAGAGAAGAGCAGGGUUUGAGUGCGUCCAGAAGGAUGCUUGCAGUGGGAGAAAGCAAGGAGGGAGAGGGCACCUUGGGAAGAAGCUGCUGCCAUUUUUAAUGGCUUUCCACUGGAGGUCAUUGGUGCAGGUGAAAGUCACCGUCUGCUGGUCCUUGAGAGCGAGUUUGUUGCCGGGGAUACAGUCUGUUCCUCCUCAAAAAAACAUCUCCCAAAUGCCAACAGCGUCCUCACCAGCUGCUAGAAUCCCCCUUCCCCUCCCUGUCUUGAGGUGGCUCACAAUUCCCUGGGCAGAGCCAAACUAUCCAGCGUACCCUGGAAGCCAGUAGGUUCCCAGCCACGUGUGGCCUCCUGCUGAGAAUUAUGGCAGCUGGGAAUAGAUGGAGAAGUUGCAAAAACAACUAACACUGCAGUUCCCACCUGAUUCCACUUAGCAGGAGACAUCUGAGUUUUUUGCUGGGAUUUGUUGGUACUGAAGAAGGGGGGAAAGUGAGAGUCUUAUGUCUUUAAAAGCCUCAGAAAGGCAACACCAUGUGACGGUCAUUUUCUCACUUUGGUCUUAUGAAGUCACCUAUUUCUUGUGUGUGUACAUCACACCAUUCUGUUUCUUUAACCCCAACAAGGGCAGGAAAGCCUGUUCCUCCACUGAGCAUGCUAAACAGUCACGACCAUGAAAUAGCCGCUGAGCCAGGGACCUAAAGGAUGAUGACCGUAAGGGUUACAGCAGCAGUGAAGGUGUGACAGUUACAGUGAAGGAAGAGGACACUCUGGUUAUUAGUGUCUAUGCACUAAUUUGACAAGGAGUGGUGGGAAAUAUUUUUAAAAGUCAUUUUCCUUGAGCUGCUUGGGACUGUAAACAUUUCUGUCAUUUCCCAUUUGGGCUGAUCCAUCAAAUCUAGGGAAUGUUACGUAUUUCUGCUAUUAGAAGAUACAGGAAAUUGGAAAAGGUUGCCUGAGUUAUUCAUGGAUGAAGGCAGUCGUCUAGAAACGAUGUCAACCACAAUUCUGUGAAUUCUCUAGUGUCGGGGACUUUGGGAGGGUUGAAAGUGUGAGCAACUAGGAUCCCUGUGCCGCUGAUCUGUGUGAUCAUGUGUCAGUUAAUAACCGCGUAGGCUGAACUCAGUCAUCAAACAGCGUUACACUGUCCCUACACUAUGGCCCACAACUUCCAAAGACUUUUUAUUAAACCUUAAGGAAGAAUUAGUUAAUUCCAAUAGAACAACUGAAUAUACUGGGCUAUUUGUACUUUUUUAUAGAGAACUUUAAUAACUCAGUUCUUUAAAAAUAAGUUUUUAAAAUAAGACUACUGAUGAUUUCAUAAGAUUCCAAUUGCACGGAGCCUGUAGGAGGACUCACCUGGGGUCAGCUAGAGCACCCCUGACCUGCACUCCCACUGCAGGAUUUUCCCAUGCCAGUGGAGUAUGGAGUCCACAUCAGAAUGACUUGACGUCCAGGUGGAACCUGUUGGCUGACUGAUGCCCUCUGUGUUUUUAAUAGACACUGGGGUUCAGAAACUUUCAGACCAUAGGAAAGAUGGUUUUAUUGUCCCUCUUCCAGAUGCAGCCCUAGGAUAGCAUUCCCAGGGGUCCCUGGGGCCCCUUUCCUUGCUCUGUGAGGCUCUGUGACCACCUUUGGCGUGGGGGGAGGGCACUUCCUCAGCUCUCUCUCCAGUCCCUGCGGGUCCCCAGGUCUCUCACAUUCAGUGAAAAUUCAGAGAUGCCCUACAAGGGUUUAGCCCACUGGGCAAUUCAGAAAUCCCUCAGUGUCCCCAACAAAGGAGGGGCGGCAGCAGGGGUGCCACUGGCGUCUGCUUCACAGUUCUCUCUCACGUGAGUAGACAGAACCCUACUUUUCAGAAAAUAAGUAUCAAGUCCACUUUAUAAGAACCUUUUUUUCUAAAAUAAGACGAAAGGUGGCUUUUCAUUUUCUGAUUAAACAACUGUGUCUCUGUCUCCUCUGCUUAACUUUAGGAGUAUUUUAUUCCUGUGAUUGUCUGUAGAUUUUUGUUGGUUCUCUUCCUGGAAGAAUGGGAUUCUUUUCUCUAGGGGAUUAGUGGAUUCUUCAAAAUCCUACAUGAAGGCAGUUAUUCUUUUAAGUCUAAAUGGUCUAAAAAUUCACCUCAUUUCUAUUAGGGUCUUUCAGAAUAUCUCUUAUAGAUGGUCAGAAACAUUUGAAAUCAUUGCUUUUGCUACAUGAUUUUUUUUUUAUGAAGGACAUGCCAUGUUUAAAUCAUUAAUUGAAAAACACCGUAUAAGACCCCAAAUUUGUGUGGAGGAGGAAGAGGAAGAGAUGGAGGUUAAGGUUUUUUCUUCUGUGUGAGCACCUCCUGACAAAUUGUAGACGCCAUUCAACUGUCAAAUAACGUUAGGUUUUUAGCGGGCGCGAUGGGCGUGUAAAUUACUGCAUUGCUUUCCUCACGGCGUAUAACCUCUAAUCUCUGUUUGCAUGAUAUGCUUUGUUAGAGACAUUAAUUGUAGUUUGGAAGCAAGUGUGUAUGAAUAAAGAUAACGAUCAUUCCUUAG